CUCGUUAAAAAUAGUUGUAUGUAUAUAUGCGUGUGUAUCAAAAAGUCUCUUUAAAACCAUCAGAGACACUCAUCUCCUUAUCCUUCCUUCCGAAGAAAAGUUAUUCUGACUAGAGAAAUUAGUUUUCCGGUGAUCAUAUUCUCUGUAAUUGCUUGAAACGUCACCAAAGUGAUCAAAACCUUCCUCAAAAUCAAAACUUGGGUUCUGGGUUUCUGCUUUUCUUUUUUCCCUUGUGUUUGCACUUCCCCCGAGAAGAUGGUGCAGUACCAGAGGUUAAUCAUCCACCAUGGACGAAAAGAAGAGAGGUUUAGAGUUUCAGUAGAGGAAGGUGGUGGCUUGAAGAGAGCUAAACAAAAGUUUCUAUCUCUUCUCUUCCUCUCUAUCCUUUCUUGCUGUUUCAUCAUGUCUCCUUAUCUCUUCGGCUUCUCCACUCUCUCUCUUUUAGAUUCGUUUAGCAGAGAAAGCGAAGGUCUUAGUUCUUACGAGCCAUCCACAGCCCCUCUCUGCUCAGAUAUCUCCAAUGGAACCAUUUGUUGUGACAGAACCGGUUUGAGAUCUGACACCUGCGUUAUGAAAGGCGAUGUUCGAACAAACUCUGCUUCUUCGUCAGUAUUCCUCUACACCUCCACCAAGAACAACACAAAGCCCGAAAAGAUCAAACCUUACACCAGAAAAUGGGAAACCAGUGUGAUGGACACUGUUCAAGAACUCAACCUCAUCACCAAAGACUCAAACAAAUCUCCAGAUCGUGUCUGCGAUGUGUACCACGAUGUUCCUGCAGUGUUCUUCUCCACGGGCGGAUACACAGGAAACGUCUAUCACGAGUUCAACGACGGGAUCAUCCCUUUGUUUAUAACUUCACAGCAUUUCAACAAAAAAGUUGUGUUUGUGAUCGUCGAGUAUCAUGAUUGGUGGGAGAUGAAAUACGGAGACAUCGUUUCGCAGCUCUCGGAUUAUCCACUGGUCGAUUUCAAUGGAGAUUCAAGAACACAUUGUUUCAAGGAAGCAACCGUUGGAUUGCGUAUCCACGACGAGUUAACGGUGAAUUCUACACUGAUGGUUAAUGGGAAUCAAACCAUUGUUGAUCUCAGAAACGUUUUGGACCGAGCUUAUUCGCCUCGCAUCCAAAGCUUGGUUCAAGACGAAACAGAGGCGAAUAAGACAACAACAACAACACUUGACUUGAAGAAGCCGAAGCUGGUGAUUCUAUCAAGAAACGGAUCGUCGAGAGCGAUACUAAACGAGAAUCUGCUUGUGAAGCUAGCAGAAGAAACCGGGUUCAGUGUCGAGGUUCUAAGGCCGGACAAAAGAACAGAGAUGGCUAAGAUUUAUCAUUCCAUGAACACGAGCGAUGUAAUGAUCGGUGUACAUGGAGCGGCGAUGACUCAUUUCCUUUUCUUGAAACCGAAAACCGUUUUCAUUCAGAUAAUUCCGUUAGGGACUGAUUGGGCGGCGGAGACAUACUAUGGUGAACCGGCAAAGAAGCUAGGAUUGAAGUACGUUGGAUACAAGAUUGCGCCGAGAGAGAGCUCUUUAUACGAUGAAUAUGGCAAAGAUGAUCCUAUAAUCCGAGAUCCGGAGAGUCUCAACGAGAAAGGAUGGGAAUAUACGAAGAAAAUAUAUCUACAGGGACAAAACGUGAAGCUUGACUUGAGAAGAUUCAGAGAAACGUUAGCUCGUUCCUAUGAUUUCUCCAUUAGAAGGAGGCUUAGAGAGGAAGUUCCUCGUUUAACAUAGGCAAGAAAAAAGCAUACACCCAUUUUUUUAUAUACAUAAACCAUUUUUUAUGUAAAGUUUUGAAUGACAUUUAAAUUCUUAAAAUAUUCUACUCAUCAUCAUACAGUGUAACUUCGUCCUAGAAAUUAGUCAAAAUAUGAAAUCCUAUAAAGCGUAUAGGUUU